UACCGGGCACGAGUCGCAGAGCACCACGGACGCGCAGCACGGCUAGGCAUGGAGGAGCGCGGCGAGUCUGAUUCGACCCCGGGUUGCAGCGGCCUGGGCCGGGGCGCCAUAGGCGGCGGCGCAGGCUGCGACUUGUGGGCUCCGGAGGACGCUUGGAUGGGAACCCACCCGAAGUAUGUAGAGAUGAUGGAAUUAGAUAUAGGAGACGCCACCCAAGUUUAUAUAGCAUUCUUGGUUUACUUGGAUCUCAUGGAAAGUAAAAGUUGGCAUGAAGUAAACUGUGUAGGAUUACCAGAACUGCAGCUCAUCUGCCUUGUUGGUACUGAGAUAGAAGGAGAAGGAUUACAGACUAUAGUGCCUACUCCCAUCAGUGCAUCCCUCAGCCAUAAAAAGAUAAGGGAGAUCUUAAAGGCAUCUCGAAAAUUGCAAGGUGACCCAGAUUUGCCGAUGUCAUUUACUUUGGCCAUUGUGGAGUCUGAUUCCACAAUAGUCUAUUAUAAGCUCACAGAUGGAUUUAUGCUGCCGGACUCUCAGAAUAUUUCACUUAGAAGAUGA